AUGGCCGCCAACCGGAAGAGAAUACUUCUUGCUUUAUAUGGACUGCGUUUACUAACCGAAGAAGAUAUUUCGGGAAGUUCGCUUGCUGGAAGAAAACCCUCAACACUGAAGAACUCCGAAUUGGAGUUUUGGUUGCGCUGUCGCGGCGACUCGUGCAAAGGUCUGUCAACUAAAGCCCAGCUCGUAAAAAGGGUAGAGGAAUAUGUAAGCAGAAGGUUGGAUCAAAAUAUUGUCGAUCCAGAUCCCGAGAUGAUUUACACGAAACGGAAGCUUCACCGUAUGGGUGCGAAUUCUUAUAAAACGGCGGACGAUGCAAGUGAUAUGGCAAGCUCAUCAACACCAUCACCUGGGACACAGUGGAAACCGAAAAUUACAUCGGACGGCUGGGGAUCAUCCCUUGAAAAGGCGCUUCUUUUUACAAGGGCAGAGAUGGACAGACAUAUUGGAAAGUCUGGGAAACAUAUCGGUGGGGAUAAACAUGCACAUCAUUCUGUUCCCAUAGGCUUUAAAAAGGCUAAAACCUACCUUGAAGACGAAUAUUUACACGAUAUUCACACAAACUUUGACCAGCAGUACUUUUAUUAUCGUUGCAGAUGCUUUCGUAGUUUUAAAAGGUACGAAAGCCCUCACAAUUUAAUUAUUGCUUUAUGCUUGAUUUCUGGAGAGGUUGUUUAUGCAAAUUGUGGCCCCUCGUGUGCUGCCGGGAAAUCCGGUUUUUGCAAUCACGUUUUAGCUUUAAUGCUGAAGAUAUGCUCGUACACUCUUUAUAACUGUAGAAGUGUCACAGAACUACAGCAUAAGGCAGACGAAAACUGUUCAGCAGCAUGCACCUCAAACUUGCAGAGAUGGCAUCAACCCCACGUCGAAGGUAUUUCAUCCUGCCCUGAUAUAUUAUGGAAGUUUCUGUUUCCAAAAUACAAGUAG